UACAUCGAUGUAUCGUCCAGGCUCUACUACAACACGCCAAUUCUUUAUUAUAUUAUAUUAUUUCAAUACAAAUUUUUCAAGUUGGGACUGGCCACACACUGUCGAUAACGUUUGUGCGCUCAUACGAGAGAGCCAAAGAAGUCGUCAAUCCUUACAGUAACACGUACCAACUUUCCCCGCACUUCAAUGAUCAAAUCCGAGGCAAAUUCCGAACGGACCAAGCUAGAGAGAGAGAUCUCCGAAUUGCGGGCAGCACUUAACAGGAAAGAGCAAUGUCUGCGGGACCUGAGCUCCACGGUAUCCGCCGUUGCAAGAGCACAGAAUCAGGCCGAGGAUAAUGCUAUGAAAUCGCAAGGGGAGUCCGCCCACACCAAGUUGACUAAAGAUGACGUAGCCCGGUAUAGCCGGCAACUCAUACUGCCGAGUUUUGGGGUCCAAGGACAACUGAAGCUGAAAAACAGCUCUGUGCUGAUUGUGGGCCUUGGCGGAUUGGGCUGUCCGGCGGCACAAUAUCUUGCGGCAGCUGGCUGCGGAAACUUGGGACUCAUAGACUACGAUGACGUGGAGCGGAGCAACUUCCACCGCCAGAUUCUGCAUUCUGAGGCUCGGUGUGGUAUGUCCAAGGCAGAAUCGGCAAGGAUAGCCCUGCUGGAGCUAAAUCCAAACUGCGAGGUACGUUGCCAUUCCAGGCUAUUGUAUAGUCAGAACGCAAUGCACAUCCUCCGUGGCUAUGAUGUGGUUCUAGACUGCAGCGACAAUUUGCCUACGCGUUAUCUACUUAGUGAUGCAUGCGUGAUGCUGAGGAAACCCCUCGUCUCUGGGAGUGCCCUGAAAAUGGAUGGUCAGCUCACUGUUUACAGCUAUGGAAAUGGACCUUGUUACAGAUGCAUAUACCCAGUGCCUCCGCCGCCGGAAGCGGUUACAAAUUGUGGCGAUGGUGGAGUCCUGGGCGCUGUCACUGGUACCAUUGGUGCAAUGCAGGCUUUGGAGGCUAUAAAGGUUAUUGUGGGACUGGGCGAUGUCCUAGCCGGUCGCCUGCUCAUCUUCGAUGGCAGCAGCGGCAUGUUCCGAAACGUUCGCAUUCGCAGCAAGCGACCCAACUGUCAUGUGUGUUCUGCUCAGCCGAUAAUUACCGAGUUAAUUGACUAUGAAAUUUUCUGUGGCAUGCAGGCCACCGACAAGAACAAUCCCGUGCAAGUGCUGGCGGCGGAUGAGCGCAUGUCCGUGGAAGAGUAUCGAGAGAAGCUCCAAGCACAGUCCCAUCUGUUAAUCGAUGUAAGGCCAACGGCCGAGUUUGAGAUAUGCCAACUGCCUAAGUCUGUCAAUGUGCCAUUGAUCGAAAUCCUGAACGAUGGCUACUUGAAGCGAUUUUCCAAUCAUCUGGAGGACAAGGCGCUGCCUAUUGUUCUGCUUUGCCGGCGUGGAAAUGACUCACAGAUCGCCGUUCAGCAUGUGCGCAAUCGAUUUCCAACGCACUUCGUGCGAGACCUAAUUGGCGGACUGCACGCCUGGGCAAGCAAUAUAGACCCUAGUUUUCCGAUAUACUAAUGAAUAGGUAUUAUACGAUCUACUAAAUAAAUGCACUAUCAGUUUUUCUUAUUCUCA